AUGCCGAAAGGAAACAGAGUCGCUUACUUCUACGAUGAUGUGCUUGGAAAGGUGUACUAUGCGCCAAAGCACCCAAUGAAACCACCACGGCUGAUGAUGUGUCAACAUCUGGUGGUUGCUUAUGGCCUGCACAAGAAGAUGGAUGUGUUUAAACCACGGGAAGCGACACCAACAGAACUCUGCAGGUUCCAUUCAGAGGACUACAUUGACUUCAUGUCUACGGUGACACCAGACAAUGUUGAGGAAAUGGCUUUGGAGGCACAAAAGUAUGGACUGGAUAGUGACUGCCCAGCAUUUGAGGAUCUUGCCACCUUUUGCAAUACGUACACGGGAGCCUCAAUAGAGGGAGCUCAAUUCUUGAACAGCGGGGCAUACGACAUUGCGAUCAAUUGGUCUGGCGGAUUGCAUCAUGCCAAAAAAUCCUGUGCAUCAGGUUUCUGCUACAUCAACGACCUGGUGUUGGCGAUAUUGGAACUCUUGAAGUGUCACAGCAGGGUACUGUAUGUUGACAUUGACGUGCAUCACGGUGAUGGGGUUGAAGAGGCCUUCUACUUGACGGACCGGGUAAUGACGGUGAGCUUCCACAAGUAUGGUGACAACUUCUUUCCCGGAACAGGUGACAUCAAGGACGUGGGGGAGAAGAACGGGCGCUUCUACAGUGUCAACGUGCCCCUCCGCGACGGCACAGAUGAUGUGACCUUUUGCGAGCUGUUCAAGCAAGUCAUGAGCCGCGUGAUGGAGGUCUUCAAGCCGGGGGCCAUCGUCCUCCAAUGCGGAGCCGACUCGCUCGCUCACGACAGGCUGGGCUGCUUCAACCUGUCCCUUAAGGGCCACGCCGAGGCCGUGAAGUUCAUGAAGAACUUCGGCGUGCCGAUGCUGGUCACGGGCGGCGGCGGCUACACGAAGGCCAACGUGUCCCGAUGCUGGACCUACGAGACGGCCGUCCUGGUGGAUGAGGAGCUGGAUGACGAAAUCCCGGCCAACAAGUUUUACGAGUACUACAAGCCUGACCAUAAGCUGCACAUGGCGGUGUCCAAGGACAUGGCGAAUCACAACGCCAAAGCGAUUUCACGUUCGCCCUGA